GCCAAGGGCAGGGGGCUCUCCUCUUCUCCCACCUCUUCGUGAUCCCACCGCCGUCCGACGCCGCUGCCGCUGCCGCCGUCCGCCGACAUGGCCUUCUUCGCGCGGGCGCUGCGGCACUCCGAUCCGUACCUGCGGUCGCGGGCCUCUCCCGCCUUCGCCGCGUCGUGCCGCCGCUGGAUCUCCCCGACGGCCGCGGCGGGGUCGCCGGAGGCCGGCGCGGCCGUGGCGCCCGCGGACCCGGAGACGCUGCCCCCGCGGGAGCCGGUGGGCGGGGCGCGCGUGGAGCUCCCCAGGAACCCGGAGGACGCGCUCGAGGUGUUCGUGGACGGGCACGCCGUGCGGAUCCCCAAGGGGUUCACGGUGCUCCAGGCCUGCGAGGUCGCCGGCGUCGACAUCCCGCGGUUCUGCUACCACAGCCGCCUCUCCAUCGCCGGCAACUGCCGCAUGUGCCUCGUCGAGGUCGAGAAGUCGCCCAAGCCCGUCGCCUCCUGCGCCAUGCCCGCUCUUCCAGGGAUGAAGAUUAAGACAAACACACCGGUAGCAAAGAAGGCCAGGGAGGGUGUCAUGGAGUUCCUGUUGAUGAAUCAUCCACUGGACUGCCCAAUCUGUGAUCAGGGUGGGGAGUGUGACUUACAGGAUCAGUCUAUGGCAUUUGGGGCUGACCGCGGUCGGUUCACUGAGAUGAAGCGGUCAGUUGUGGACAAAAAUUUGGGCCCAUUGGUAAAGACGGUAAUGACCCGUUGCAUCCAAUGUACAAGGUGUGUCAGAUUUGCUACUGAGGUUGCUGGUGUCCAAGACUUGGGUAUGUUAGGUCGCGGCAGUGGUGAAGAAAUCGGAACAUAUGUUGAGAAACUUAUGUCAAGUGAACUCUCUGGAAAUGUUAUCGAUAUCUGCCCAGUUGGAGCCCUUACGUCCAAACCAUUUGCAUUUAAAGCUAGGAACUGGGAGCUGAAGGGCACUGAGACUAUUGAUGUUACUGAUGCAGUAGGUUCAAACAUAAGAGUUGACAGUAGAGGUCCUGAAGUUAUGCGCAUCGUUCCACGUCUCAAUGAGGAUAUCAAUGAGGAAUGGAUAUCUGACAAAACACGGUUUUGUUAUGAUGGUUUGAAGAGGCAAAGGCUAAAUGAUCCCAUGAUCCGUGGUCCUGAUGGCAGGUUUAAGGCAGUGACAUGGCGGGAUGCUCUCGCAGUUGUUGCUGAGGUUUUGCAACAAGUUAAACCAGAAGAAAUCACUGGCGUUGCUGGUAAACUUUCUGAUGCGGAAUCCAUGAUGGCACUGAAAGAUUUUGUUAACAAAAUGGGUUCGGAUAAGGUGCUUUGUGAGGGAAAUGGUCCAAAUCCUCCUGCCGAUCUGCGAUCAAACUACCUGAUGAAUACUAGCAUUGCCAGGCUCGAGAAAGCUGAUGCCAUCCUUUUAGUUGGUACACAGCCAAGAGUGGAAGCUGCUAUCGUUAAUGCAAGAAUCCGGAAGACUGUUAGAGCAACACAAGCAAAGGUUGCUUAUAUUGGCCCUCCGACUGACUUCAACUAUGACCAUGAGCAUCUUGGCACUGGACCACAGACCCUUGUUGAGAUUGCAGAGGGUCGCCAUUCCUUCUGUUCAACGCUGCAGUCUUCUAAGAAUCCUGUCAUCAUUGCUGGGGCUGGGUUAUUUGAACGGGAAGAUCAAGAUGCUCUUUUCUCAACAAUAGAGAGUGUAGCCAAAAAAUUCAAUGUGGUUAGACCAGAUUGGAAUGGGCUCAAUGUUCUAUUGCUCCAUGCUGCACAAGCUGCUGCGCUCGAUCUUGGCCUUGUUGCUAAUCCUACAGAGAGCAUUAAGUCUGCAAAGUUUCUAUAUCUGAUGGGAGCAGAUGAUGUAAGCUUGGACAAGGUUCCAGAUGAUGCAUUUGUUGUUUACCAGGGUCACCAUGGUGACAAGGCUGUAUAUAGGGCCAAUGUUAUCCUGCCAUCAUCAGCAUUCAGCGAGAAAGAAGGCACCUAUGAGAACACUGAGGGAUGCACUCAGUGGACAAUCCCAGCUGUUCCUACUGUAGGUGAUGCUAGGGAUGACUGGAAGAUCAUCCGUGCUCUCUCUGAGGUUGCUGGGGCUCAGCUUCCUUAUGAUAGCCUCUCAGGUGUGAGGGAUCGGAUUAGCAUGGUAGCGCCAAAUCUUGUACAUGUGGAUGAGAGGGAGCCAUGCACUAUUUCCUCUGAAGUGAAGCCUCCAGUGAAGCAACAAGUGAGCUCUACUCCAUUCAAAACUGUUGUGGAGAACUUCUAUAUGACCGAUGCAAUCACGAGAGCUUCAAAGAUAAUGGCCCAAUGCAGUGCAACAUUGUUGAAGAAGUGAGCUCUACACCUUCCUAAAGCUAAUCAUCGGCAGAAAAGAUUUUAGUUCCUCGUUUUUGCUCCAAAUUUCCCGGGUCGUUGCAUGUUUGGUGGGAAAUUGGAGUAUAAUUCGGACUGCCCUUAGAUUUGAAGAGCAGCAAAACUUGAUCUGUGCAUUUUUAUGUGUUGUGUAUGAGAAGCAGAGCAUACUCAAUAAGCUUGUUGUCCUUCUGAACCAUGCAACAUCCACAGGCAAUAUUGUUCCCUUAGUGUUUGCUCUUUUUGUUGUGAACCAACUGUUCU